CUUCAUGAUUCAUGUCCUGAGCGUAGCACUGUGGUCAGCUGAUCCGACUGAGUGCAGCAGGAGCGUACCACUCGGAGCAGCUUACCACAGGUCCUCAGGCAUGGUCCUAGCUGUCGGGCACUGCUUGUCCUAACCAGAGAGUGCCCACAGAGAAUCACACUCCUGCAGCAACACAUAGGUUACACUGUAUAAGAUUUUGCUGUACUCCCAUAGAAGCUUCCAAGCAUCUGACAGUCAUGAGCGAUUAUCGGUGGUCUGCACAUGUACUACGAUGGUCUUGCAAUGGUGGUUGCAGAGAGGGUUUAGUCGCAAAGUGAUUGACAGUCAGAGGCCGUAAAGGGGGAAGUAACGGGAGUGCCGGCAGAAACUCAGGAUGCCCCUGGCUCUUCCACAAUGGCUUCUGACUACCACAUCUGUAAGUUACAGAGAUACCAACCUCUCGCUGUUCUCGGUUCUUCCAACUUCAGAGAGAGAUGGGAACUAUACUACAGAAGAAGUUGAUUGUCAGCAGGUGGGGACGUUAAAUUCCUCCCUUCGCUGUGACUUCAUCAGGAACACACCAGAUUGCAAUGGCACUGAUGGAUACAUUAGUUACCUGUAUGUGGCCUUCUGCAGCUUUCCGCCACAACUAUACCCCCUCGCUAUCUUCUUGUAUGCCCUGUGGCUCCUCUACCUCUUCAUUAUUCUUGCAGUGACUGCAGAAAAGUUCUUUUGUCCUAAUUUAUCUGCAAUCUCCAGAACACUUAGACUAUCCCACAAUGUGGCAGGUGUCACCUUUUUGGCCUUUGGGAAUGGUGCCCCUGAUGUAUUCAGUGCUGUGGCUGCUUUCUCUGACUCCAGGACUGCAGGCUUGGCUAUAGGUGCACUCUUUGGUGCAGGUAUAUUUGUCACCACCGUAGUGGCUGGAGGCAUCGCACUGGUGAAACCAUUCACCGCAGCUUCUCGUCCCUUCCUAAGAGAUAUUGUGUUUUACAUGUCUGCCAUCUUCCUCACAUUUUAUGUGCUGUAUCGAGGAUAUGUGGACUUGCCAGAUGUUCUAGUGUAUUUGCUGCUUUACUUGGCUUAUGUCCUCGUGGUGGUCCUGUCCACCUGGAUCUACCAGAGGAUGCGCCAUCAGCUCUUGGCUGUCCCCAGCUUAGAUGAGCCAGAUCUUAUAACGGACACAGAAGAAAACCCAGUUCCCACCCCUCACGGCUCUGAAUAUGGAGAUGAGUAUCAGCCAUUAUUGCCUUUGCAGCAUAAUACCUGGCAAAUUCUCCUGGAGCAGCUGAAUCCAGUGGACUCGAGGAAAUGGAGACAAAAACAUUGGCCCUGGAAAGUCUUGAAAAUAGUAAAGGUCCCUGUGGAAAUGUUGCUCCUUCUCACUGUUCCCAUAAUGGACCCAGACAAAGAGGAUCGCAACUGGCAGAGGCCGCUGAAUUGCCUUCAUCUGAUCACCAGUCCUCUUCUCUGUGUGUUUUGUCUGCAUUCCGGAACAUAUGGACUCUACGUUAUUCAGGGAGUGCUGCCAGUUUGGGCUGUUCUGUUGCUGAUUGGGACCCCUUUGGCAAUCAUUGUUUUCUUCACCACCACAAAUGAUCAGCCCCCCAGAUAUCACUGUCUCUUCUCCUUCAUGGGAUUCGUUGUCAGUGCACUCUGGAUCAGUGCUUCAGCAACUGAAGUUGUCAACCUGUUGCGCACUUUUGGGGUUAUCUUCCGGCUGAGUAAUACAGUGCUUGGUCUAACCUUGCUUGCCUGGGGGAACAGUAUUGGAGAUUUUGUAUCAGAUCUCACAUUGGCCCGUCAAGGCUAUCCUCGCAUGGCAUUCUCCGCCUGUUUUGGAGGCAUCAUCUUCAAUGUGCUAAUUGGAGUUGGUCUGGGGUGUCUGCUGCAAUUGGGUCCAUCUAAGACCGUGUUACAGUUGGAAUCACAAGGUCUUUUGGUGUGGAUCCUGGCUGGAGGUCUCGGAAUCAGUCUGGUUUUCUCCCUAAUAUCCGUGCCCUUACAAUGCUUUCACCUACGCCGCAGCUAUGGGUUUGCCCUGAUCUUCAUCUAUGUUCUCUUCCUAGUUGUGGCACUUUUAACUGAAUUUGGAGUUAUCAAACUGGAAAACUCAUAACACUGAGAAAAAGACUCUUGGAAGGACACUCAACAAUAAUAUGUUAUGUGAAGUUGCCACCUUUCUUCCAUCUCUUUUCCAAAUCCCUAUAACCCUUAAUGGCUGCUUUACUCUCUCAGGAUGUUUUUUGUUUAGUUUUAUUUUAUUUUAUUUUUUAAGCACACAAUCAUAAAAUGGUUAUACAAAUAGUUGUUUUAAAAGGGAAAAUAAUGCACGUUUUUAUUUUUUUAUAAACUAUUUUUAAAACCGUAAUGUGCUGUUGACUUGGAUUGUAUUUUGGAUCCUUACUGUAAUAAGUCCAACCAUAACAAAUUGUGGACUACCCAUUAAACAAUAUAAGAACUA